GUUUGUAGGACUGUCAUGGUUGCAGGGAGAGUGCGGCGGACUGGUUUAGCUGCUCUGUAAAACGAAAUACGCAAAACAGCAGCUUGUUCGGGCGCUGCGCCUACAUAGGUUUUCUGGACUUCCCGACCCGAGUCGUCAGCCGUACAACGACCCAAUGGCAUCUCCCGGACCGGGGAGCACCAACGGCCCGGUGCAGGGAGCGGGGCUCGGGGAGAGCCCGUCGAUGAGCACUGAGAAUCUGAGCUCCUCGGCUGUCAAUCGCAUGUUAAUGGAGUUUCUGAUUUACUGCGGGAGAGCCGUGUUCGUCUUCUACCCCGUAUACCUGACGGGUUACCUGGGCCUCAGCAUUAGCUGGGUGCUGCUGUGCAUGUUUGUGCUCACUUGGUGGAAGAAAAAUCGCCAGUGGAAGGACGCCCGGAUCGGAUCGGCUAUUGACUUUGUGGACAAUGAAAAGCACACGAUCAACACCGAGCUGAAAGGUUCCCUACAAAUGGCAUCUUGGGUGAAUUUCACCGAUGUGGAGAAGGCUCAGUGGCUUAACAAGGUGUUGGAGCAGGCGUGGCCCUUCUUUGGGAUCUACAUGGAGAAGCUUUUAAGAGAAAACAUCCAAAAGUCCGUCAGGACCUGCAAUACUGCACUCAAAGCAUUUACUUUUACCAAGAUCCAUUUUGGACACAUGCCUCUCAAGAUCACUGGAAUAAGAGCGUACACACAUGAAGUGGAACAUAGGGAAGUGAUUCUGGACAUGAACUUAAGUUAUGCUGGUGAUGUGGACAUCGAAGCUCAGGUGAACUCAGCAAUCACAGCUGGUGUGAAAGGACUUAAACUCCAGGGGAUGAUGAGAGUUGUUUUAGAGCCUCUUAUUGGUCAAGCACCUCUGGUGGGAGGAGUCACUUUUUUCUUCAUUCGCCGCCCUACACUGGAAAUAAACUGGACUGGCAUGACGAAUGUUCUGGACAGCCCUGCUUUUGGUUCACUGUCAGAGGACACUAUCAUAGACAUCAUCGCUUCUCUCAUGGUGUUGCCCAACCGCAUGUGUAUUCCCCUCAUAGACCAGGUCAAAAUGGACCAAAUGAGGUUUCCACUUCCUCGUGGGGUGGUGAGGGUCCACUUGCUGGAGGCAAGAGAUCUGGUGGCUAAGGAUACAUACAUGAUGGGUUUAGUGAAAGGCAAAUCAGACCCCUAUGCCACACUCAGAGUGGGCAACAUACACUUCAAAAGCAAGACCAUCAAAGAGAAUUUACACCCAAAGUGGAAUGAAGUGUAUGAGUUUGUUGUCCAUGAAGCGCCGGGCCAAGAGCUGGAAUUAGAGCUCUAUGAUGAGGACACAGACAAAGAUGAUUUUCUUGGAAGAUAUAACCUCGAUUUGGGAGAAGUGAAGAGGGGAAAACAAAUGGAUCAGUGGUUUGCUCUGGAGGACAUACAGCACGGUGAAGUUCAUCUUAAGCUCCAGUGGUUUUCCCUUCAGACUGACACCAGCCUGAUGAAGGAGUCCACCGACAACCUUGCCUGUGCUAUGCUUGCAGUGUAUCUGGACAAUGCCACUGAUCUACCAAAAGAUGGCCGUGAGGCUGCAGACCGUCAUAAACAUGGGAAGAACGCCAAAGAAGAACGGCUCACAAAGAGAGUCGCCUGCCCCAACUCAUUUGUUGAAUUUUCCAUUGACAAGGAUGUUAAGAAAAGCAAGGUUGUGUAUGCUUCCAAAGACCCGGUGUGGGAGGAGGGCUUCACCUUCUUUGUGCGUAACGUCAAAGCGCAACAGCUCUCCAUUCAGGUCAAAGAGCCUGAGAAGAAGAAUCCACUCGGUGUUCUCAACUUGCCCCUCAGUCGCCUCCUCAACACCUCCAACCUGACUCUAGACCAGCGCUUCCUGCUGGAGCGCUCUGGAGCAACCAGCCAGAUCAAACUGAAGGCCACUCUGAGGAUUCUUAAAUUGGAAGAGCCUCCACCCAAGCCUAUCGUCAAUCCUCCUUCAGAAGUCAAACAGCAACAGACCAAACAAGCAGGGAAUACCUCAGUCUCCAAUCCCUCCAACGCUCCAUCCUCUUCUAACGCAGUUUCCUCCAAAGAAAUUCCUGUUGUCUCUACUCCGAAACAAGUGCCAACUUCACCAAAUGAAGGUUAUUUAGGUCAACGCCGUGGCUCCUUCCAGGCGCCGGAAAACGGGAAGGAAUCAUCUUCAUCAGCAAACUUGCGUCGGUUCGACUCUCACAGCCUGCUGUCGGAGAACUCCAUUGCUUCAUCACGAUUCGACCUGUCAGAUGGAGCCACCUAUCCCGAGGCCAUUAGGAAUUAUCAGGGUUCGUUUGGAGAGAUUGAGCUGGUUAUACGCUACGCAACCCUGAGACAUAAGCUUGUUGUCAUUGUUAACAGGUGCAGGGAUCUAUUCCCCUGCAGCGAGAAUGGCACAGACUCUUACGUCCGCCUGUAUCUCCUCCCCGACCAAACCUGGAAGCAUCGUAAGAAGACGCAUGUCAAGAAGAGGACAACUAAUCCUGUCUUCAAUGAAAAGGUUGAGUUUGACGUCUUACUCGAGCAAGCACAAACUAGGAAGUUGGAUGUGUCUGUGAAAAAUAACAAGAUGUUGGUUUCCAGAGAGAGAAAGGACAUUGGCUCGGUAAUAAUAGAUCUAUCAGAAAUAGAUCUAGUCAAAGGCAUCACAGCGUGGUAUGAGCUCACUCUACCCGGGCUGAAGAAGUGAGUGUAGCAUGUACAACUGAGAGAAACUUCAGCUUGAAAAGCUGCUGCUGCAACCGCUGCAGAGAAAAUGACAGACGUUCAUACUCCUUACUCAUCCGAAACACAGCAAACCAAGAUUUAUUUUUGUGUGUGUGCGUGCUUUUUUUUUUUUCUAUAUUUUGGUUAUUUCAUCUGAACCAAAGUUCAUCUUUAGUGUUAUAUUGUAAAUAGAUUUAUUGACAGUUUUUAUGUGUAUAUAUAUUGGGGGAAAUCAGGUAAAAGCCAAAUGUUUGUUACAGCAAUGUAGAUGAGUGAGUGCAUGGUGAGGAAGGAUUACACACUUUGAUAAACACUGAAAUGCACGAAGUCCCACUAAGCAGAUUUUACAUCGAGGCAGCUGAGCUGUUCUGCAGCUCAUUGGAAGUAAAACUGCAUCCAAGAAGGGCACAAGCCAAGUUCGUUGGCCUCAGUUACUGACUCAAUAGGAUGUCAUUCCUUUUAAAGCCAAUCCUCUCAGACCAUUCAAAAUAACAUCUCAGUACGCCGUCAUUCUCUUUAUGAAGGACUACAGUUCUGAGCUAAGUAGUUAAUCAGAGGUUCGACAUAAACACUUUAAAGAAAGGGUUUUAUUUUGUAUUUAUGUAUUAUUUAAAAAAAAUCUCAAUUGUAGUUGGUAAAUUUGUUACAAAUGGUGGCAGAAUAUUUUUAGUAGAACUACCAGAGAUCUAUAGUGGAUAAAGACUUUGUCUUGGCUAAUAGUUUGAUGUUUUUCUGUUUUACAUUAAUUAUUGAGCAGGGAAGCUGUUCCCAGUUGUUGUUUUUGAGCUGAAGCUAAAAGGGACAUUCAUUUUCAAUUCAUAUUUAUGGCAAAUAAAUAUCUUCAAACUAAUACAUGGUUGAUUUGACAUCAUUUCAGUGUGAGAGUGUGAUUGUGAAAAGAAUAAAUCUCUUCAGGCAGCUUCCCAGAUGACCAGCUGGGGCUAUAGAGUCCCUAUUCUCCCCCAUGAACGCAGGGAG